AUGUCUUUUUACCAUUCAUUACGUUGUACAUGUAAUGGAAGGAGGCACGGAGAAGAAUUUGUAUUUUUUUUAUGGGAGUACAUAGUUUACUUGAUUGGAACUGCUCACUUCUCCCCUGAAAGUCAAAAAGAUGUUCAAAAAACAAUUCAGAAUACACAGCCCGACCUUGUAAUGGUGGAGCUUUGUCCAUCACGAAUAACGAUGCUUUCAAUGGAUGAAGAAACUUUACUGCGAGAAUCUAAAAAUUUGACUUUUGAAAAAAUAAUAAGUCUUAUUAAACAAAGCGGAAUUGUUCAAGGUAUUUUACAUGUAUUGCUUUUAUCGAUGUCUGCACAUGUGACUCGAGAGUUGGGGAUGGCUCCUGGAGGUGAAUUUCGAGCAGCAUACGACGGUGCGAUGAAAGUUCAGCAGUGCAGAGUGGUACUGGGAGACAGACCUAUUCAAAUUACUUUGCAAAGGGCUCUUGGUUCACUGAACAUUUUUCAGAAAAUUCGUUUUUUCUAUGACCUACUUAUCUCCCAUAAAACACCAGUAACUCUUGAAGAAGUUGAACGAUGUAAAGAUAGUGAUAUGCUUGAAGGGUUUUUGAAAGAGAUUGCUGGAGAAUUCCCAGCACUUUCGAAAAUUCUCGUGGAAGAAAGAGAUCUUUAUAUGGUUAACACACUUCAUACUAUCUUGAGGUCAACUACUAUUGAUAAGCUAGAUGCUUGUAAAGAAGCAAAUGGUACUUAUCAGCCGGUCAGUGUUGUUGCUGUGGUUGGCAUUGGGCACGUACCUGGCAUUGUCUCUAACUGGGACAAACGGAUUUCUACAGUCGAACUUUUAACGUAUGUAACUAUUGAAGAAUUUUCUUCACUUUUUUUCAAUUUUUUUUGCUUGACACGCGAUUUGCAUUAG